AUGGAUCAGUGUAGAGUAACAGCCCCUUUCCUGACAAAGAAUAAUACCACUGAGGUGGCCUAUGACUGUAUGAUUUAUCAAGUUGUAAACAAGAGACUAGCAGAAAUGAAACAGCUGAGAGAGGGUCUGCAUGCACUCGGACUUGCUGAUCUCGUGGAUAGUCAACCUAAGGUCACAAAGGAACUAUUCAACAGUGUUGAUGAGGCUACUGUGAAUUCUGGUGUGCUCAAGCACAGAGUAAUGAAGGAUCACAGUAUCCCUGCAGGGUCCAGUGAAGAUCAGUCAUUCCAGUUCUUCCUUCAGUACCUGGAGGAGACAUGUCAAAGGAAACAAGGUAUGUAAAGAAGUCAGCUGGUGGACCACAAAAAUUAUUGACGAGAUUUCUUUCAAUUAUGUUUUCAAGUCCAUGAUUUUAAAGAAACAAAAUAUUUCCUCCUGAAUAUAAACAAUAUGCCGACACCAAAAAGAUGGAUAAAUAUUUAGAAUUGUAUGAAUUUUGUUCUCUUUUGGACCAAGUAAACUGUCAGCACCAUAGAGACGUACAUAAAUAAAGGCUAAACUGUAUCAAAAGAUGACUUAAAAUAAAAUUUCUCAUAUGCCUUCAAGACACCAGAUCAUCAAAUCUACAAUCUACAAUUUGAAGUUUGAUUGAGAUGUUCAUUUUCCCUCUGACAUGCUAUCAACUAAUGUUAAGCAUAAUGUAAUACAACUAUUUGUACUUUGAGGCUGAGAGACUCUUUUUGAAAUGCUUGUGGGGAAAUUUAAUUUACUUUUACAGGAAAUUACAGCGACCCCUGUUAAACUUGUAUCUCAUCAUUUGUGUAAGUACCAGGCGAAUGGACCUAAAGAAUUUGUGAGUAGUCAAAAAAUAUUACUGGGAUAUUAUUAUUGUUCACUUUACGGGCAUAAGGAAGCAUUUACUUACAACAUUGUACACAAGAUGCACACCGCGCAUUGUCAUCUCUUAUCAUCCAGCAUUUAAUUUUUAUUUGAUGUGGGUGUGGGGUGGGCAACAAUAUUGGGUUCAUAAUAACUGUAAAAAAAAAAGAGGUAAUUAUUGAUUACAGAUCCGCUUGCGUCAACCUAGUCAAAAGGCGACCAGUUUCUUGCCCGAGAUGCUCCUGAUAAAAUCAGUGGGGGUGGCUAAUUGGCAGUUGCUCCUGAUACCUCGACAAUCUGUGGCUUUGUACAUAGGAACACCAAGAUCAGGAUGCGUUCUGACGAAUGCGAAUAGAAAAAAUAUAGUCUCGAGAGAGAAGAGAGAGCAGGCUAUCAAUCUCUGCCAAUUUUGACUGACUAUGGAUAGUAAUAUUACAGGGAAGCAGUUUUAUUUCUACUGGAAGGCUGGAGAGGAAAUGGUAAGAAGGCGAUUCACCUGCUACAUGUUUAUUUUAUUGAAUUACUUUUCUAGGGAAAUCAAUAGAGAAAACUGCGAGUUACCCGUUGUUGAAAAUGAAUGACUGAAAAUAAGGGAAAAGAUAAAUGGGAUGGGGCAGGGGAUGCAAGUAUCAUGCACACUUCACCUCAAGAGCAAUGACAACAACAACAAAACUUUGUUAAUAAACAUAUAAAAUUACAGAAUUAUUGCCUGCAGCUAGCAGGGCUUUUCAAGGCGGGACCAGAAAAGUUUACAGUUUCCAAAUAAAUGAAUUAAAAAUUGUAAUAAGAAUGAGGACUACACAACGGACUAAAGAAAAGAAGGAUUAAAGAAAUUAAUAGUAAAAGUAGAAACUAAUAGGCAAAAAUUUAUUUUUUGACAGUUUUGGCUACUUUUACCUUUUUCAGUAAGGUGGGGAUAUCAAUAUCGCCAGUUUGCUGCUUUGCUUGCGACAUGUCAGUGAUUUUCUUCCAUUGAUUGUUUAGAUCUUGAAUUUCUUUCGUAACGUUUGGUUUUCUUUCCUUAGUUUCUCGGUUCUAGUCAUAGUUGAGGAAAAGUUAAAAGAUUUAGAAAAAAUUCAAUAA